AUAUCGACCGCUUGUUCUUGCCGCCGAUCACACACAUUGCUGUACCUUCUUCCCCGGUGCGCUGCCGUCCGCCGAUCGAUCCAUCGAUCGAUCAUGGAGGUGGAGAACCGGUACAUCGCCGUCAGGCACCACGUCGAGGGUUCCCCGUCGGUGGACGACUUCGAGGUGAAGACGGAGGCCGUGCGGUGGACGCCCGAGUCCGGCGAGGUCCUGGUCAGGAACAUGUACGUCUCCAUCGACCCCUACCAGCUCAACCGCAUGAAGCGCCAGAGCGCCUCCCACCACUCCGUCGACGUCAUCGUGCCCGGCGAGAGGAUCGCGUCGUACGGAGCCGGCGAGGUGGUGGCGUCGGCGUGCGAGGAGUACAAGGAAGGCGACGUGGUCGCCGGCAUGCUCGCCUGGGAGGAGUACAGCGUGUUCCGGCCGGCGUCCGUCCUCCUCAUGUCCAAGGUCGACACCUCCUCCGGCUUCCCCUUGUCCUACCAGCUGGGCGUGCUAGGGACGAGCGGCAUGACGGCGUACGGCGGGUUCUACGAGGUGUGCAAGCCGCAGGCCGGCGAGAAGGUGUUCGUGUCGGCGGCGUCGGGCUCCGUCGGCAGCCUCGUCGGUCAGUUCGCCAAGCUCGCCGGCUGCCACGUGGUCGGCUGCGCCGGCACCCAGGCCAAGGUGGACAUGCUCAAGGACAAGCUGGGGUUCGACGACGCCUUCAACUACAAGGACGAGCCGGACCUGAAGGCCGCGCUCAAGCGGCGCUUCCCCGACGGCAUCGACAUCUACUUCGAGAACGUGGGCGGCGAGAUGCUGGAGGCGGCGCUGGCCAACAUGAACACCUACGGCCGGGUGGCCGUCUGCGGCGUCAUCGCCGAGUACACCGACCCGGGGCGGCGCGCCGUGCCGGACCUGCUCGAGGUGAUCUACAAGCGAAUCACCCUCAGGGGCUUCUUCGCCUGGGACUUCAUUGCCAGGUUCCACGAGUUCACCGCCAUCAUCGGCGGCUGGAUCGAGGAGGGCAAGGUCCAGGUCGUCGAGGACGUCUCCGACGGGCUCGAGAGUGUCCCGUCGGCCUUCGUCGCGCUCUACCGCGGCGAGAAUGUCGGCAAGAAGCUCGUCAAGCUGGCAUAGGAUGAAUCAUGUCACGUCCACAAAUUCACUGCAGGUUGUGUGUACUGUGGGGAGUGGAAUACUGAAAUGCAGGUUGUUCUGUUGAGCUGAGUGUUUACUCAUAAUUGAUAAUGGGCAUGACCCCUGACUGAAAUUUGAAAUUUGAUUAUGUAA